CACCAGCAGUUUCAAGCAUUAUCGACGUGCAAGCUUCGACGUUCGACGUGGAAGGUCGCGCUUAGUUUAUUACAUUUAUGGUUAAGAGAGAUGUGAGGGUGAAAUGGGGAGGAAAGGAAGAAAAUUAAGAGCUUGUUUGGUCUUAGGUUAGAAGGAUGUUGUGACUGGUUGUGACUUGAGCAGUGAACAUACAUCAGAGUGUACGGUGAAAAUAGAGAGAGAGAGAGAGAGAGAGACUGGGCUUGAUUUAUAUUUAGAUAUAUGUAUAUGUUGAUAUAGUUCAGCGUACAAAGAAUCUUGAAAAAGCUUGGAAAAAUUACGAAAGCAUAAAUAUGUCAGACCCAGAACUUGAAGCGUUACGACAGCAACGUCUGGCUCAAUUACAGGCCCAAUAUAAGAACACAUAAGCCAUGUAACUCUACAAUAUCCUCAAAGUAUAAUGCACAAUAUUUAAUAGAAGCAAAAUAUGUAUGAUGUCUUAAAGGGUAACAAUGCCAACGAUAAACAAGUGAUGGAAGAGAGAAAGCAGCAAAUGGAAGAGAUGAAGCAUACUAUAUUGACCCAAGUGUUAGAUCAAUCAGCUAGAGCAAGAUUGAAUACACUUUGCCUUGGAAAACCUGAGAAGGGCAAAAUGGUAGAAGAAAUGCUUUUAAACAUGGCACAACGUGGACAACUACCUGGCAAACUUGGAGAAAAAGAACUGAUCAACUUGCUAGAAAAUGUGAAUCAGCAGACACAAAAGAAGACAGUAGUCAAAUUUGAUAGGAGAAGAGCAGCUAUGGACUUUGACGACGAUAUGGACUUGUAACAAUUGUACAAAUUUUACAUCUAAAAUUGUUUAAAUUAGAAACACUGCUCAUGGUUUCAUAUUUACAGUAAGUUACAGAAAUUAUAAUCCUACUUUUUGCUUAGUUAUGAUAUUUUUAUGCUGUAUUGAAAUAAAAAAAAUUACUUGUGUCAAUUGAACAAAUUUUGAUAUAAUAGGACAAAAGGAUUGAUCAGCGUAAUCACUCACCUAAACAUUGAAUAUAUACUUGUAAUAGUAAUAAUAUAAACAAAAUAUAUUCCCAAAACGAAUUAUCA